AGACGCACAAAGCAGACAGCUCUCGAGGAGGAAGGACGAAUAGACAAGAGGGACGGACUGAUGGCCAAGAAGAAGAAGGCCUCGUUGAAGCCUGUGGCCAAUCGCGGCUUUGCGACGACUUCGACGCCCUCGUCAAAGAGGCAAGAGGCGGACGAGGCUCAGCAGGCUGAGGAAGCUGCAAGCAGCUCGGCCGCAACGCCCUCCCACGAAGCCACUCGCGAUGGCGCCGCUCAGCUCCACAAGGCCAUCGAGAGCAUUGUCAUAAGCGGGAAAGACGAUGAAAAUGAGAAGAGGGCGCAGCAAAUGGAGUACGAUCCAGCCAGAGAAGAGGAACAAGCGCUGCAGAAUCUCGUCGAAAGAUUGAGGGACCGUGUAGACAAGGAUGUUGGCAGGCUCUGGAAGACCAUCGAGUACGAUCGAAGAAUGACAAAACAGCUGCCCUUGUUCGACCUAGACGAUGAUGUCAGCAACGAUGUGCUCGACUACUCGGCGCACAGCGGCACAUACAAGCACGCUUCCUCUUCUUCGCAUAAUGAGUCUGAGCCUGGCGAUGUCUCGUCGCUCCUCACCCAUGUCUACCCGGGAUCUGCUGCCUCAGAGUUGCUGCAGCGUGCCCUCGUCACCCACGCACUUCUUCUCAAGCUGGGCUUCACCGAUGCGCAAGCGACCGAGGCGCUCCGCUGCUCAACGGACAUGGCCGAUGUCGAAGAGUGCAUCGCUUACCUCGUCGCUGUCCUGCCAUCCCAGCAGAUUGAGGAUGCCGUCAGGAGGAGCGAGGGUAAGCCGGUCAAGGGGCCAACCGCAACUGAGGAAUGCAGCGGAGGUCAGGAUACGGACGAGACGAUACCGCCAGAGCACGAAGCCUUCUUCUUCGAGAGGAUCAAUGCAUCUCUUCGUCGGCCGAUUGCUGCCUCUGCAUCUACAAGCAGUGCUCCUGCGUCCACUUCAUCCUCUUCGGGCGCCCCGAGCGGAACAACGACACCGUCCCUCCCCAGCCCAGAGGUCGAAGAGGCGGCUCAAAAAGUCAUCAGUCUGGCCCGGGAGGUCGAGGCGCAGUGCUCGGAUCAGGAUUGCAUCGACGUCCUCGAGGAUCCAACCAGCGCCUAUGCGAAGGCCCGUCUUCUUCUCAUACAGCUAGACAGGGCCUCAUCGAAGUUGGAGAGAGAGGUCAAGGUGCAACACUCGCCUCCUUUGCCCGUCGUAGUGGAAGAGGCGAGGAAUAAGCUGGCAAGGGCAAAGGCCGAAGCAAGAAAUGUCGUCGAUGAAGCCCAGCAGAUGCCGACUUGGGAGAAAAACACGGCCGAGAGGCGUUUCCUCAAAGACAAAGAGGCGUGGGAAGCGGCGCAACCCGUUGAAGAAAAGAGAAGCGAGGAAAUGAUGGGCCCAGGAGAACGAACAAAGAUCAACGGAGAAGGAAAGACGUCGGUCUUCAACGGUAGUGAGGAAAAGAAGGAAGAAGAAAAGGGCGAUGACGAAGAGGAAGGCAUGUUUGGCGACUUCCUUGACGAACAGCCCAACGAAUUGCUUGAGGCAUCGACCAACACGACGAUCAAGGUAAAGGAGCUACCACCUCAAGUCCUUCGAGGUGCGGGAGGCAAAACACCACGAUCAAUCCUGAAUGAAGCGCUUCGCAAGGUAGAUUCGUAUGCCACGGCGCGCUUCGAGCCCAUCGAGACCAGCUCGAGGCUUUUUAGAAGUCGGUUGACGCUCCGAUGGCUCGCUCAUGGUACGGCUGUGCUUGACACGUACACGAUGACUGGUGUUUGCACGGCCUCUCAGACCUCGGCGGACGAUUUCCUUGCGGUUGCCGCAUUGAUGUGUGUUGAGGCAAACUCCAAGGCGCAAACGUAUACGAAGUCGAUGCACUCUGCUUGGAGAGAUUGGUCGGAAGAGCUGGAGCAGAAGCGAGGUGCUGAGCGGGACCAGAAGAGUCGAGGUGGAUUCAAGUCUAUCCUUGAAGCUAUCGGCGUCCGCCUUGUCGAGGAGAACGCCAAGGCCGAAGAGCGAGAAAAAAGGUUGAAGAGCAUGCCGUCUUCUGCAAUCAACAACGGCAAGGUGCCACAGCCUGAGGUGGCAGAAAUCCUACCGCCACGCCAGAGUCCAGUCAGACUCAGUGAAGAAGCAUCCAAUCUCGUCAAGACGCUCUGGCAGGAGCGAAAGGAGAGCCCAAGCUUUCAAAAGAUGCUUUGCGGCCGACAAUCAUUGCCCAUCGCAGCAUUCCAAACAACGAUCCUCGACGUCCUGGAAAAGGACCAGGUGUUUGUCCUUUCCGGCGAGACAGGUUGCGGAAAAUCAACUCAGGUCCCCGCUUAUAUUCUCGAGCACUGUUUAUCACACGGCCAGCCUUGCAAGAUCUACGUGACGGAGCCGAGGAGAAUCUCGGCCAUCUCGCUUGCCGAGCGUGUCUCGGCAGAGAUGGGAGAGGCCAGAGGCUCGGUGGGCAAAGAUCAUAGUUUCAUCGGAUCAGCUGUGAGGCUGGAGAGCAACGUGGGCAAAAACGCUCGCCUCGUCUACGCCACGACCGGAAUCGUUCUCAGAAUGCUCGAGGGAAGCCGUUUGGAAAGUGUUACCCACAUUAUUCUCGACGAGGUACACGAACGCUCUAUCGAGUCCGACUUUCUCCUCAUCAUCCUCAAAUCUCUCCUCAGUGUGCGACCGGACCUCAAGGUUAUCCUCAUGUCGGCCACAGUCGACUCAGAGAGGCUCAGUGCAUACUUCGGAGGCUGUCCUACCAUCAGCGUGCCUGGACGAACCUUUCCCGUCGACGUGCGCUUUCUCGAGGAUGCUGUGCAGCUCUGCAACUACACUCUGGAAGAUGGAUCACCAUAUAUGCGUCGACAAAAGCGGGGCCGUAAAGAGGACGCUCCGGGCAACAAGGCAAGGCUGCAAUCGACGGAGGCUGAAACACCUCCUGAUCUGGACGACGAUGACGAAGAGGAAGGCGAUGACGAAAACCGAGGCUCCUCGUCCUCGCUGGGAAAGAAGUACACACCAAAAACGAUUAGCACGCUGGACCGUAUGAACGAUGCCUGUGUCAAUCAUGAGCUCAUCGUUGCGCUUUUGGAGCAAAUCUGCUUCGAGAAUGGAGAGCUGCAGGGUUACAGCGCCGCCACCCUCGUCUUUUUGCCCGGCUUAGCCGACAUUCGAAAGCUGCACGAUAUCCUCAGUGUCCACUCGCACUUUGGUUCUAAGUUCUUCCGACUUCACGCCCUACACUCGUCCAUUGCCAGUGAGCAGCAGGGCCUCGUCUUUGAUGUGCCGCCUCCAGGCGUCCGCAAGAUUGUCCUCUCUACCAACAUCGCUGAGACGGGCGUGACGAUACCUGAUAUCACCUGCGUCAUCGACUCUGGUCGGCAUCGAGAAAUGCGCUUCGAUGAGAAGCGGCAGAUGAGCAGGCUUCUCGAGUGCUUUGUCGCCCAGUCCAACGCCAAGCAACGGCGAGGCCGAGCCGGUCGUGUGCAGCAGGGACUCUGCUUUCAUCUCUUCACCAAGUACCGCCAUGACAAGUCGCUCGCUGAGCAUCCGCUUCCCGAGAUGCUUCGUCUCUCGCUGCAAGACUUGGCGUUGAAGCUUAAGGUCAUGAAAGUCAAGAUCGGCAACACCGUCGAGGAGGCAUUGGCCAAGGCACUCGAUCCCCCUUCGUCGAUCAACAUUCAGAGAGCCGUGUCCGCGCUGAUCGAAGUGAAGGCACUGACAAGCAACGAGGAGAUCACGGCGCUCGGCCGCCAUCUGUCCCGGCUUCCGCUUGAUGUGCACAUGGGCAAAUUCCUGCUCGUCGCCUGCACCAUGCAGGCUCUUGACCCUGCCCUGACAAUAGCUGCGACGCUCAACUCAAAGUCGCCUUUCGUGGCUCCCUUUGGCCGCGAGGCCGAAGCUGAACGAGCCAAGCAGUCUUUCAAUUCUUCAGGUCAUCACUCUGACUUUAUCACUUAUGCCAAAGCCUUUUCGGCCUGGCGACGAGCAACGGAUAACAACGUGGCGAGAUCGUUCUGCAAUGCGUCUUUCUUGAGCAGCAAUAAUUUGCAGCAAAUUGAAGAGUUGCGCCAACAGUACAUGGCCUAUCUCGUCGACUCGGGCUUCGUAUCUCUGGAUCCAAGCCAGAGGCAGGAACUGCUGCAUAUCAAAAGAGGCAAACUUAUGCGCGUGCCCGACCAUCUUGAUGGCAACGCAAACAGCCUGGCUAUCCUCCACUCUGCCCUCGUCGCAGGUCUUUAUCCGAAGCUACUUUCGAUGGAGCCCAACACGAAAAGCAAUCAGCUCAGGACGCUCGGGAAUAAUGCCCCUGCUUCGAUUCAUCCCAGCUCCGUCAACUUUGGUCUGAGGCUCUCGGAGCUUCCCAAGGGCAUCCAUCAUUUCAUCUACUUUUCGAUCAUGCAGUCCAAACGAUUGUACGCCUGGGAGACGGGCGCGGUCAACGACCGUUGUAUCCUCCUCCUGUGCGGUGACGCCGACUUCAAGUUCUCAUCGGGCAGUCUCUACGUCGACCGGUCGAGGAUCAGGGUAAGGACUUCGGACUUGAAAAAGCUUCUGGCCGCCAAAAUGCUGCGAGAGCAGAACAGCCGCCUCAUCAACGCCAGCUUCAAAAGCCCUGGGAAGCAGUGGACUGAAGAGCAAGUCGGCUUUUUCGAGUUGGCGACCAGAGCGCUGGGAAUGGGCACAAAUGACCGUGAUAAAAUACACUCAUAGACAUGAAUAGAUAGAGGAGAAGGGCACAGAUAUGCCAGAGGAGAGCGGAAUUCAAGGGGACCAGCCUCCUUGUCAUCCUCUAAUCUCUGGC